CUGAGAAAGCGACUUUGCGCCACAACGACGGAUGCCUGUGACUGCCACCCGUCGGCGUCCCUAGGCGCUUCGUGCGACGCGGAGAGCGGGCAGUGCACCUGCCGGAACAGCUACGGCGGCCGUCAGUGCCUCCACUGCCAAGUGGGCUUCUACGACUACCCCACCUGCAAACUGUGUUCGUGCGACCCGACGGGCACUACGGAGGAGGUGUGCAGCAACCAGACGGGCCAGUGCCUGUGCAAGCCCCAGUACGGGGGCCCACGCUGCGACCAAUGUGCCCCGGGAUUCUACAACUUCCCCAACUGCAUUCCCUGUGAAUGCGACAGCAAGGGCUCCCUGGGCAAUUCGUGCGACAACGCGGGCAAGUGCCACUGCCUGGCCAGCUUCACGGGCCUGCGAUGCGACCAGUGUGCCCCGGGCUACUACAGCUACCCAGACUGCAACCCCUGUGGCUGCGACUCGUACGGAUCCGUGGGACUGUCGUGUGGGAGCGACGGCACCUGCUUCUGCAAGCCCAGCUUCGACGGAGAGAAGUGCGACCGCUGCAAGAAGGGCUUCUACAACUAUCCCCUCUGCGAAGGCUGCAACUGCAACCCGGCGGGGAUUCUGGCGACGUUUGGCGGCUGCGGCAGCCUGACGAGCGGGGAGCUGUGCGAGUGCAAGGAGCGCGUCACGGGACGCAUCUGCGACCAGUGCCGCCCGCUCUACUGGAACCUCAAGCCGAGCGACCCGCAGGGUUGCGAGGACUGCGAGUGCCACUCCCCGGGCACCCUGGGGGGGCUGCGGGUGUGCGACGGCCAGAGCGGCCAGUGCCUGUGCAAGCCCAACGUGGGCCAGCACCAGUGCACAGAGUGCCUCGACGGGACCUUCCACCUCCAGGACCAGGACCUGCUCGGCUGCCAGGACUGCCAGUGCGACGUGGGCGGAGCGGUGGGCAGCUCGUGCGACGCCCGGAGCGGGCAGUGCCAGUGCCGGCCCCGCAUCACGGGGCGCCGUUGCUCGGAGCCCCUGCAGGCGCACUUCUUCCCCACGCUGCACCAGCACAAGUACGAGGUGGAGGACGGACACACCCCCAGCGGGGUCAACGCCCGCUUUGACUUCGACAGCGGCCUCUUCCCGGGCUUCUCCUGGAAGGGCUACGCCAUCUUCUCCAACAUUCAGGUGCUGGUGCUGCCCCCGAGCCGAGAGCCCCGCUUCCAGGGGGUGGUGGGGCAGGACGGGGUCACUGCCCUCCCCUUCGUGCUGAACCCCGGCCGAUGGACCCUUUCCAUCAAGGCCCCCCGGCCCGUCUUCCUGGACUACAUGGUGCUGCUGCCCGAGGCCUUCUACGAGGCGACGCUGCUGCAGGAGCGGGUGCGCCACCCGUGCCUGCGGGGGGGCAACAUGGCGGGCCCUUGCCGCCAACUGCGCUACCCGGCCCUGCCGGACACGGCCGUGCCGGUGGCCGCCGCCCAGGGAGCGGACGGACAGGGUGCCCCCGUGCAAAUUAUCGACGACGCGGACGUCCUGGAGGAGCUGCACAGCGGGCCCAUGGCUCACCUGGACGAAGACCACGGGUCCCUGCGGCUGGACCUGCGAGUGCCCAGGGCCGGGCCGCACGCCCUGGUCUUCUUCUACCACUCGCUGGACAAUGACGGCUCUGUGGCCGCAGACCUGGUGCUGUCGGGCGCCGACCGGCUGGCCACGGGCAGGGCAAACUUCCACCACUGCAACUACAACCUGCUCUGCCGACAGGUGCGCUGCACGGGCUGCUUUGCUUCCGCCGCGCUCUGCACACUGCUCAGAUGUUGUGUCCAUCCCACCCAUUCCAUGGCUUGGUUCUGGUGCCGAGUAAAAGUUGCUUUGGGGAACCACGACAACUGCCUCAUCUGUGCCUGCCCGAUCCCGUUGCCCUCCAACAACUUCGCCGACAGCUGCGAAGUGUCUCCGAGCGGACAAGAGAUUAGCUGCAACUGUAAGAAGGGCUACUACGGACCUCGUUGCGACGUCUGUGAUGCGGGCUACUUUGGCGAGCCCGACGUGAUUGGCAGCAGCUGCAAGCCGUGCGAGUGCAGCGGCAACAUUGACCCGGCCAACCCGGCCUCUUGUGACUCGGUGACGGGGGAGUGCGUGCUGUGCCUCAACAACACGUCCGGACCCGCCUGCGAACUGUGCGCUCCGGGAUUCUACGGCGACGCCAUCUCGGUCAAGGACUGUCGCAAGUGCUCCUGCAACCAGUGCGGCAUGCACUCCUGCAAUCCCCUCCAGGGCACCUGCAACUGCCACUCCAACGUGGAAGGGAGCCUCUGCGACCGUUGCGCACCCAACCACUGGGGGUUCUCGGAGUGCCGAGGCUGCCGCUCGUGCGACUGCAGCCUGGCCUCUCAGUCCAAGCAGUGUGACCUGGAGACGGGACAGUGCCCCUGCCAGCCGGGGGCUGGAGGGCCGCGCUGCGACGUCUGCGAGCCGGGCUACUGGCGCUAUUCGGCCGACGGAUGCAUCUCGUGCAACUGUGCGGCCAAGUUUUCGGCGGGUGCCGUGUGCAACCAGCAGACGGGCCAGUGCCAGUGCCUGCCCGGCGUGGAAGGGGACAAGUGUGACCGGUGCCCCUACCGAUGGGUCUUCGUGGAGCGCGAGGGCUGCAAGGAGUGUGGCGAGUGCGUGCACGCCCUGCUGGAUGACACGGACAGCCUGGAGCAGAUGAUCGACAACAUCGGGGACGAGAUGCGUGACAUCUCCUCCACUUACCUGGCCAACCAGCGGCUGCAGCUCGUCAACCAGACUGCGCACGACCUGAAAGAGCAGCUGAUGAGCUUCAGCGGAAAGCCCGCCUCCCUGGACGUGAGCCCCCUGGCGCAGAACGUCAGCGAUCUGGAAGCACUGGCCUCGACAGUGCGCAAGGACGCUUCGAGCCUGGCGCUCUCGGCUACGGCGAACAACCACACGGCGUACAAGACCAGGCUGGAAGCCGACCGGGAAGAGCUCAACGUGGAGAAGACGGUCCAGGAGAUGCGAGACAUUCUGAGCAGCCUGACAGCCUUCUCCGAGGGCCUGGGCUCGACUUCUACCGCCAACGUGGAGCCGCUGCUCGACGAAGCCACCCGCAUCGUGGAGCUUCUCAAUGCCACCGAGUUCAUGAGGCCCUUCGCCGAAGCAGAGGAAGAGCUGGCGCAGGCCGGAGAAGGCCUGGAGCGUGCGCAGAACUUCUCGCUGCCGGCGGUGCAGAACGACGCAACCCUGGAGGACCUGCGGCAGAUGAUGGCGGAGGAGCUGGAGGGGCGCCUCUACGAGCUGGCCAACCACACCCAGAGGGUCGAGGACAUGGUGCGGGAGGUGGCCCACCUGCAGAACACGGCUAACGGCUCCCCGUUCAGGGGGAUCAUUGCCCAAAGCGAGGAGCUCAAGUUGCAGUCCGAGGCACUUCAGAAGGAGGCCAGGGAACUCCUUCGGGCCUGCCAGGACUACUACCCGGACGCAGAAAACGCCUAUGAGGGCCUGCGUGAGAACUCUGCCCGUCUGCGAGACAUGGUGGACCAACUGCAGACGUUCCUGGAGAAGCUGAGCCCUGCGACGGAGAAGGCCGUGCCCUACGUGCGGGAGGCGGAGAUCCACUCGCACAAGCUCCAGCAGCAGGCCAGGGAGUGCCAGACAAUCCUGAACUCCACGCAGCAGACGUCUUCUUCGGCCCUGGCCUACGACGAGAUUGCCAAGAUCAUUGACGAGGCUCAGAACAUCUCGGAGGCGGCCCUUGCUACUUCGAACGAAGCCCACGACAAUAAAGAGAUGCCGGUGAGAGCAGAAAGACCGAGGUUCCAUGCCAGAAGCCUGCAGCACCAAAAGGAGAAAAAAAAAAUAAAGGAAAAGAAGGACGACUGGGAAAUCCCUAUUGUGAGUCGUGGCCGACACCGCGGAAGCCCCAAAACUAGUCAGCGGCGCAGGCGCCCCACUGCACCCUACAGUCAGUGGUCACGUAGGGCGCUCUGCAACACCAACCUGCUCGAUGGUCCGCAGCCUCCGCCACAACCCACCCCAGGGCAAACCGGGAUGCUACAUUACACUUUCGGUUCAUUCAGCACGCAGGUGUCUGGCGAUGGCACUGCAGAACGUCCUACAUUCAUCCUUAUUGUGGGGAUGACCGCUUCCAGACAUAGCUGUCAUGGGCCCCACCAGUCAUGCUGGAGUCAAUGUAGCUUAUGCGUGACUUUGGAUCACACACCUGCAGAAGGCAGCACCGCAAGUUUUCUAUAUCAUUCACAUAGAAUUCUAACACACUGAUGUAAUUAUUAUAGAUUCAGCAAUCCAAGGCAAAGCCUUUUCCAUAUUGCACAUGCAGAAGGGAGGAAUACCUUUUUCUAUCAGUGCAAGCAUUGUUGGUCCAAGUUAAUAUUGUGCUUUUCGUUCUAAAUGACCUGUGUCUUCACCUGCGUAUUUCUGUCUCGCAUUUCAUUUGCUCUACUGUAAAUGACUAUUUUUGUGGGCUCGAUAUUGAACAUUGAGCAUUGAUUUUAUUCCCGCCUUGAACGAUGGGGGGAUGCCAAGGAAAAAAGCUGUUUGCACAGCUUGAGGGCUGCAAAGUCAAGAAAUUAAAUAACAAAUAAUAAGAUGUACACUAUGAAAACUUUUAUAUAAUGUUAGAUGUACUAGAAUUUUGUACACACAAGACAAAAAUAAUUAGGCGCAGAUUUUUACAAUGUUGGGUAUGUCGCUUUUAUUUAGUGAAGUGAUGUGGAAUCUCAUUGAUGCGAUAUGAUUCAACAAUUCAGGAAGUAUUUGCUUGAUUCUCUGAUGUCCAAAAUUAGUUCUUGAUUGAGGAAUUCGCCAAGGAUGAAUGAGACGGGUAUGGUACAAUGAGAUGUAUGGACGAAAGUCAGACAGUGUGAAGAAUGUUAAUGCUUACCACAAGUUGCAGCUUGGUAUGUGAAUAUUAAAUGCUGAAAGUAGAUAUCCGAUACAUCAGUUAUAGAAUAUUUUUCAAAAAGAGGUAGCGAUGGAGACAUCCCAGAGACAUUCGCAACAGCUCGAAUAGCUUUCUUUCGUAAAACACUAAGUGUGUUUAAAUUCGUCAAACCAGUAGAUCUCCAGACAAGAUGGUGGUU